UGAUAAAUAAGGUUCAGUGCGUGAGAGAUCCAAGAUUCCUUUCUAAACAUGGGAGAUGGAUAUUACACGAUGGAAGUUUAAAAUGGGGAUUGCACUCAAAAUGUAUUUCAAAGAUGUUGACCCCGACAGAACUCAGAACUUGUUUUCAAAAAUUAAGAAACAUAAAUUGCUACGGAGACUCUCAUCUCGUUUAUACAAUGACUUAUUUUCAACAACUGAUUGAAAAUAGAUCAGUUUAUCAUAAAGCACACACAAAUUGGAAAUUUGAUAAUGAUCAUCUUUCCUUCCAUUGGUCAAUCAGAGUGCUUGAAGUUUCACAAAAUCUGCUUCAAAAUAUUAAACCAGCUGUGGUAAAAACUGGGGAUCAACGUUACAGUACUAUAAUUUUGGAUAAUGGAGCUUGGGAUUUGUACAAAGGGACAUUGUCUAACUAUCUCAAUUCUAUUCAAACCUUACUUGUGCCACUUUUAAGAAAAUAUCGCCAAAAUCCAACAUGGAACAAUACACGUAUCAUCUGGUUUGGUAAUAUAGCAUGGCCUCAUAAACCAGGGUACAUGACUCAAGGACACCAUGAGAGGAAUGACUUUAGAAUUGCUGUUGCAAAUGCUCUUACCGAGUCACUCACCAAGG